UUGAAAUUCGUUAAAAAUACACACACACAUUUUCAUUUUCAUUUCUGUCAAAAAAAAUUGUUAAAUCAAUUUUUUAUUCUUGGUUCUAAAUUCCAUAUGCCUUCGUUGGAAUCCACAUUGAAUAUUUAUCCAUUGAAAAAUUAUUCGUUCAUAACGAAAAAUGACUAUAUGGAAAACAAAGAUCCGUCAUUACCCGGUUAUUUUAACCGAUUAAAACGUGAAUUCAAAUAUUUGGGACAACGUACAACAGUCAAAACGGUAUUGCUAGUUCAUGAUAAUAAUAUGAUCAAUGUUUUGCUACUACGAAUGGUGCCACAAUUUUAUUUAUUACCUGGCGGGCAGAUUCAACCGAAUGAAUGUGAAGAAGAUGCAUUAAAACGAUAUCUAUUUGAUUAUUUUGGCCUCGAUAUCGAUACACAAACCAAACCAAUUGAUGUGAUUGCUCAUUGGUGGCGUCCAAAUUUUGAACAAAAUCAAUAUCCAUACAUUCCGGCGCAUAUAUCACAACCAAAAGAAUUGACUCGAAUCUAUCUUAUGUCAUUAAACGAAAGGGCUACAUUAUCUGUACCCAAAAAUUAUACCGUUGUUGCAACACCAUUGUUUGAGUUAUAUAAUAAUGUUGGCAUCUAUGGAGAAAUUAUGGCAAGUCUUCCACAAGUAUUGAGUCGAUUCAAUUUUAAUAUCAUUACAUAAUUUAAAUUUGUUUCUGAAAAAAAAAUUGAAUAAAAAAAAAUUAUCUCAUCAUUUUUUUUUCGUUGU